CUGAAUUUUCUUGAUAUGUGCUGGAUACUUGUGCAUCUUUCGGUAAUUACUUGACGGGUUAGAGACUGUGGAUGGCCUACUUUGUAAUUUUCUUCGUAGGAGUGGUUUAUGCAGUUCGAUCAGACAUUUGAGUUUGAUUCCCAUUAGAGGAUAGAUUAGCUAGCAGGUCAUGAUUUUUUAAGAAAAGAAGGCAGAUCUAAUUUCUUUUUAACACCGCGUGCGAUGGGUUUCCUGUGGUAUAUCCUCGGAUUGCAAGGUUGCAUAGCAACCUGGGUAAAACUACAAUCGAAGCAAGUGCAAAAUGGCUGAACCGAAGAAAAGUCGUUCAGCGAUUCGCGUAAAGUCUUCAGAUCGUAAAAAGUCUGCCAAGCAAGGCGACAACAAAGGACGGAGAAGCUCACAAGAAGAAGAGGAAGUGAAGGAAUCUUUAGCAUGGAAAGUUUUGUCAGAAGAACAAACUCUAAGUCUGAAGGAGUUAACAGUUACAGAACUAGAAGCGAAAAUGGCUGAAAUACUUGGAAUAGAGAAUUAUCAUAUAUCGCUACCAGAGGCUUGUGUGUUAGACUAUUAUGUUGCUGGAUUUUGGUUUACCAAAGAACAGAACUUUAAUACCCAGCAAGGCUCUGCUUUUGUGACAGUAUUGAAAAUCCUACUGGAGAAUAUCAAAGAGAAGCAGUUAUCAUUGGUUGAGAGCUUGAAGGAAUUCCGUAAUCUCCUGGUUGGUAUUGGAGUUGAAAACUGUCCAAAGACUGGUGGUCUUGAGUGCUUUGAUGUAUCCCAGGCAAAACUGAUCACUGACUAUUUCACUGAAAGCCUAUUCAAACAUUACAAGUUGUACAAGUUUUUAUUCACCCAAGAACCAGAGGAGGAAGUCACAAACACAGAGCUUACUAUUGAGGUUCCGCCACUGGCAUGUGUACCUUUCCCACCACCUUUGGACGAGGGCAUGACGGAAGAAGUGUGGAGAGCAUAUAUCAUGACGCCACCUCCUUCCCCACAACCAGAGAAAGAGACAGAGGAGGAUGAAGGCAAGGCUGACUCAUCUGGCAUCUCUGCAGCUAACAAAGAGGUUGCAGAGAAUAUCCUAGCAUCACUAAAACCGGAAGACAUCAAAACAAUCGUGAAAAAGGCCGCAGAAGACACUUUUGGGAGUUUUAAGCUUGAAGUUGAAACAAAACUCAAAGAAAGAGAGUCAAACUAUAUCGCGAAAAUAGGUGGAAAGGCUAAAUAAUGUUGCUCAAUUACGCAUAGGAAGUCUUUAAUUGUACAUACAUCAUGUGAAUAUUGUAUAACAUGUAAAUAUUUUGAAUAAGUAGUGCAUAAACAGAUGAAAUGGUUCUUGUA